AUGUCCGCUCAAACGUUGUUCUUCAAGUCUUCCCAAUUCGCCGUUGUCGGCGCAUCCAAGGACCAAACUAAAUUUGGAACCAAGAUACUGAAAUGGUACCAAAAUCGCGACCUUACGGUUACCCCUGUGCACCCGAAAGAAGAUGAGCUUGAAGGGGUCAAGACAGUCAAGAACCUUGCUGGGCUGAAGUCACCCACGGCCACAUCUGUCAGCAUCGUUACUCCUCCUAAGGUAACUCUCGCCGUUCUCAAAGAAGGGAAAGAGCUUGGUGUUCCCGCAUUCUGGAUACAGCCCGGUGCGGAGGAUGAUGCCGUCCGUGCCUUUGUGACCAAGGAAGGACUAACUGAGAAGGUUGUGAUUGGUGGCCCCUGUGUGUUGGUUAAUGGAGACGGGAUCCGCCAGAGCUUGCUAUAA